AUGUGUCGACCAGUUUAUACUUACGCCGUUUACUCCAAUAAAAGAAAACGGGAUAAAUGGCUGAAGGAAUCUCAUGUGUGUCUGUCUCAGUCUGCAGAAGAUCUGCCCUCGCUGUUGCACUCUUGGAGGGGCCACGAGAGGGCGAUAGUGAGCAGCGAGCUGCUGGCGUACGAGUCUCAUCUCUUUGUUCUGAGCAUCUCGGUGGACCGCAGGGCCUGUCUCUGGACCCCUCAGGGAAGUUGUGUGGGCUGUUUUGGACAGGAACAGCAGUGGGAUUUGAGCAACCCGGACACUUAUCAAACCAACAGAGAACCUACCAGUCCAAUCAAAGAGGAGGAGGAGGAGGAGAGGACAGAGGACAGCCAAUCACGUGUCGGCGCUGAGAGCUUCAUCUGCUGGGGUGAAAGUUCAGAGGUCACUGGGACAAGCCUUAGUGCGGGUGAUAGUCAACAACCAGAAUUAGCUCUAGACCUGCAAAGAGGCCGUAUGUCUCUACAGACCCCAGACUCUGAGCGCUGCAGCUCUUUGGAAAGGUUCCCGCUGCCUAAAUACAGUAAGGUUCUGUCUGGAGAUCAUGCGUUUAGGGAUCUGGAGAUUAAGAUGACUGCGCAGCAACGCAGGCCACGGGAGACUGGCCGAGAAAAGCUCUGUCGCUUCGGGAACGAGUUCAUGCCGCUUCAGGCUCUGGAGCUGCCGGAGAUCAGUGAGCUGAAAGAUGUACCUUUGAAGCCUUGGAGAUUGAAGAUACGUCAGAUUUCCUCCAGAGGAGCAGAGGCGAGCUCUCGCAUGCUCUCCUCUGAAGCUCCUCUGCACUGUGAAACACUGGAGGACUAGACAGCCGUAUGAUGGAGGACACAGGGUUUAUUUUUUUUACCGCAGGUCAGUGACUGUACACUGAUUUACACUGUUUUGCACCGAAAUUCUCUGCCUUAACAGUUUAAUAGACAUCGCUUUUGUGCCAUCAUUGUUCAGUCACAUCAGUAUUUGUAUGCAAUAUGUAUUAUUUAUUACAAUAU